AUGCUCGGCAUGGCGCUGCGUAUGAGUGCUGCCUUAGAGCAUACUCGGACGUUGAUAUCCGUGCUGUUACUCGGGUUGCUUCAAGGCAAUGUGGACAACCCCACGUACCGGCAGGUGUGUACAGGCCGCACUAACCACGCAGAGGCCAUCUGCAUCGUGUAUGACGAGUCUCAGACAAGCUACGAGGCGUUACUGAACAAGUUCUGGGCCAUUCAUGACCCAACCACACUCAACCGUCAGAAGAAUGACAAGGGCACGCAAUACCGCUCGGGAAUCUACUAUCACAGCGAAGAUCAACGUAAGGCCGCACUGGCAUCCAAGGAGGAACACCAGAAGACGCUGAUUAAGCCUAUCGUGACGGAGAUCAUGGAGGCGAAGCAGUUCUGGGAUGCGGAGGAUUACCACCAGAAGUACCUGGAGAAGGGGGGACAGUGUGCUGAUAAGGGCUGUGAGACGCCUAUCCGCUGCUAUGGCUAA